AAAUUUCAAGUCAAAGGUCAAAGUUUGUGCGGCAGUACUUUACUGCCGGAGCGGCGCGCGGUUAAUGUUAAUUUUCUGGUGAAUUUCGAGUCAAAUAAAUAUUUGAAAUUAUGGCAAAUAUAUGGAGGUCAUUACCUUGCAAAAUAUCGGAACUACGGCUCGAUAUCACCUUAGAUUGUGGACAAAGUUUCAGAUGGAAGGAGAUUCAACCAGGCAUGUGGCGGAGUGUCUUGUCCAGCAAAGUGUGGACUUUAAGACAAAAUGAAGAUGAGAUUCUUUAUCAGGUGUAUGAGGAUUCCUCAUCCUCAUUGGAAGACUCUGAGAAGGAAGAAAUACUUGAAGAGCAAAAGCCUGAAAAGGACCGACAGAAAGAAGACCACAUUGUUACUGGGAAAAACUCUAAAUCUAACCAUACUAGGAAUAACUCAAAGCAAGAAAAUGUAGCAAUCACCAAUAUUGAGGAGGAGAAAAUUGGAGAUGGCAUAAGUACAGAUGCAAUGUUUUCAUCCAUCUUGAAGGACUACUUUCAGUUAAAUAUAAGCCUGGAGAAGCUUUACAAGACUUUUAAGGCUGCUGAUGCCAACUUCACUAAAGUCUGCCCAGGCUUUCCCGGAGUUCGGGUUCUCCGCCAAGACCCGACCGAAAAUCUUUUCUCCUUCAUCUGCUCCUCCAACAAUAACAUCUCCCGCAUCACGGGCAUGGUGGAGACACUCUGCUCAACCUACGGAGAGGAGAUUGCCAUCUUGGACGACAGGCCCUGGCAUGCAUUCCCAUCUGUGUCCGCCUUGGCCCGAGAUGGCAUUGAGCAAGAGCUGCGAGAGAAGGGCUUCGGUUACCGGGCGAAGUUCAUCAACCAGACAGCCAAGUAUAUCAAGGCACAGCCAGAGGGUUGGCUAGAGGGUCUGAGACAGCUUGCUUACGAGGAAGCUCACGCUGAAUUAAUGAAACUGCCUGGUGUGGGAGCCAAGGUAGCCGACUGCGUCUGUCUCAUGUCCAUGGAUAAGAUGGAUGCCAUUCCCGUCGACACUCAUGUCUGGCAGAUAGCAUCCCGCGACUACAUGCCCUCUCUCAACAAGACCAAAUCCCUGACGGACAAAGUUUAUAAAGAGAUCGGAGCAUUCUUCCGCGAGCUGUUUGGGGAAUAUGCUGGUUGGGCCCACUCGGUUUUGUUCAGUGCCGAUCUCAAGAAGUUCCAACAAAAGGCUGCCGGAGUAAACUCCCCAGAAAAGAAACAAAGCAAGAGGCAAGACUAUGGAGAUGCUAAAAGGGUUAAGAAAGAAAAAACUGGAGCAAAAAAGAUCAAGAGGAAAAGAUGAUCGUGCCUUUCAGAAAAAUUG